AUGCAACAAUUUAGAGACACUGACAAUAAUAGUGAAAAUCUUAAUGAGGAAGAUAACUCCAUCAAUUAGCACGUACCAUAAUUUCCUCCUAAAAAAGUCCCAUCAUAUUCGAUUGAGGUCACGCAAGUUUUAGUGCUUUUAUAAUAAUUCAGAUGUGCUUAAGGGAAUGCGAGAAGAGAAUUAGAAUGCUAGUUGAUAAAAAGAUUAGUUAACAUCAAAAAGAAUUACUAGCCUGAUUGCUACAGAUUAAACGGAAUUUGGGCUUUAAAAUAUACAAAUUACCUUUACGAAAACUCGAACACUCUGCCAGGUCCCAUAGAUAAUACAAGUCUAUUAUAAAUCAAAGAGCCAGUUUGUAAUAGAGAUUAUUUUGUUCUGACUCAUACAGUUUGGAAGUUCUUGCUUGAAGAGUAUGGUGGUGGUCCUGAAAUUCUGGAGGAAAAGGUGCCACCAUCUCCAGUAUCGGUAAUUUCAUCGACAGCUGAUAGAGCAAAAUCAGCAGAUAUCAGUAUGAUGUCAAGUGCAUCACAACAAGAGUUUCCAUCAGAAAUACCAAUCAAAGGGCUGAAGAAUGAGUUGUUUUAUUGCUAUAUGCAUUCGAUCCUCUAAUGUUUAAUGUGCAUUCAAGAAUUGAAUCAUUUUUUAUUAAACAGUAUUAAUAGACAUAAUGGGUAGAAAAUGUUAUAUUGUCGAGGUUAUAAGGAAAUGCUAUUGUAAAUACGAGAUGCUUAAACUGAGUACAUAAAAAUAAACACUUUGAGAUCUACAAUAAGCAAGAAGUUCAAUCCAAAAUAUCAACAUGAUGCACAGGAGUUCCUUAUACAUUUGAUAUCGACAAUGGAAGAUGAAAUCAUAGAUGUGAAUAAGGAGUAUGAAAAACUAUAGUAACCAAAAUUGGAGAACGUUGUAAAGAAGUAUCUAAAAGGCUAAAUAGUAAGUGAACUAAUUUGUAAGAAUUGUAAACAUAAGUCUGUAAUUACAGAGGAAUUCCUGACUUUAUCUUUAGCAUUGACUAAAGUGGCUACAGUAAAUCAAUCAUUAGAAGAGUUUUUGAAAGAUGAAUUAAUUCAAGAUUAUCAAUGUGAUAGUUGUCAUAAGAAAAAAAUAGCAAUCAAGAAAACUAGAAUUACUAAUCUACCCAGAUAUCUAAUAUUGCAUUUGAAGAGAUUUAAGUUUUUCCCAAAAUAGACCAAAAUUACUUAGCAGAUCAAAUUCUCAAUUGAAUCCAAUUUCUGUAAUACGGAAUACAAAUUGAUUGGAGUAAUUGUUCAUUCUGGAUCCUUAGAACAAGGGCAUUAUUAUUCAUAUGGCAAGAGAUAACCCUAAUGGUGGUUGUUUAAUGACUAACGAAUUAAAAAAGCAACCAAGAUGGAUGUAUAAUAACAGUAAUGUUACAUUUUGUUUUAUUAAUAACUUUUUUGA